UAUUUUAACAUAUGUAUUGAUGAAAUAUAACAUCGAUCAAAUGGAAAAACUGGUAGAGGAUUCCAACGAUUAUAUUAAUAAUAUUUACAAAGAUCUUGAAUCAUAUAUUUUUGGAAUUACUGAAAAUUUUUAUACAAAAUUAGGCUUUCAACAACUAGAAGGAACAAAUACGUUCAAGUUUAAAUUUUUCAAACCUAGGAAAUAUGGCCAUAUGGAAGGUAUUGCAUUGUGUAAUCAUUUUAUAUCUCACAUUGGUUGGAUAUCAUGGAAACAUAUAGCUGUUGAAAAUAAAUAUACAAAAGGAAAGUCACUGUAUUACAAAGACUUUAUAAAAAUGGAUGAUACAAAAAAUUAUAAAUUCAUGCGGACAUAUCUUGCACUUUAUUUAAGAUGUCGCUAUAUUGAAAUAUUUCACAAUUUUAAUAUAAUGUUGAGGCAUAUAAUUAAUGUUUGUAAAUAUGAAAAUAAAAUGAAUUGUGCGGUUAAGCUUUAUGAAACACUAAUCACAUCACAUGACAUGUUUAAAAAAAUGUUAAUUGCUCUCGUUAAUUUAAGACAUUACACAAUAAAAAAAAAAGAGCGAAAUUCAGAAUUAUUAGUAGAGAAAGUGGUAGAAUUUUUUAUUAAUUAUUUGAAUGAUAUCAGAAAAAAGUAUUUUUCCCCAUUUUUAUUUACUAAUGGUGGACUUUAUGAAGCUCAAACGUUUCUUAAAGAAGUAGCUCACGUUUAUUUAAAUUUAGAGAUGAAAUUUAAAGACGUAAUUGAAUUUAACAUGAAAUAUUGCAGAAUUAAUAAAUAUGAAUCAGACAUAAAUUUAACUACAACAUUUGAACGAUUGAUUCAAAUGGAUAACUUAACAGAAUAUAGUACUACUUAUCAUUCUUUGUGUGAUUAUUUGAAAUCAUUUUUUCUAAAGGUUGUGAAAAAUGAUUAUGAGGAAUUAGGUUUCAAUAAUUUGUCUUUUAAAAAUUGAUUUAUUAUUCGAGACUUAAUAAAAUAUUGUAUGCAUGUUAUAUAUGUUGUUAU